AUGACAAAUGAUACAAACUUUAAAAUAUCUUCUACCAAUAACAUUAGUCAUGGUGGUUUAAUAUUGUCAAAAAUUAAAAAAUUUUCUAAUGUUUUACAUAAAAAAAUAAAUGAUAAGAAACAAAAUUUUACCAUUUAUAAGGAAGAAAAUAAUAAUACUUUAAGGAUAGAUAAAAAUACAUCAAGUAAUGAAGAUAUAUAUCGAAAUAAAAAAUUAACAAAUCAAAGAUUAACUGAAACAUUUCCAAGAUCUUUGAUUGAAGAAUUACCAAGUAAAAGUAUGAAUAAUAAGAAUAAAAAUUUGUCUGAUUAUCAUUAUCGAACUCCUCAAAAACGAUCAACUGAUUAUAUGGUUAAAGAAGUUGAAAAUAUUAAAAAUGAAAAUAACGAUUUAAAUAAAUUUAAUGCUGAAACAAAUUCAGGAUUAUACACAUCAUUAGCAAUAAUUUUUGGAAUAAUUUUUGUUCUUAUUAUAAUAGGUACCAUAACUUAUGGUAUUAUUAAAGUUAAGAAUAAAAAAAAAAUGGACAAAAAAAAGAAAUUAAAAAGUAGAUCGAGUAGACGUAAUAGUAAAAAAAGUGGCAGAAAAGGUGGUAGAAAAAGUAAGAAUGUAAAUAAAUCAAGAUCUAAAAAAAGUACAACAAAAAGUCGAUCAAAAAAUAACAAAAAAUCAAGAUCACGUAAAAAUAAGAAAGAAAAAUUAUCUAAAAGUAUAAGAUCUCGGACAAUUGAUGGUAAAGAAACUAUGAAAAUUAAUGAUAUUUCAUAUCCAAAUGGUAUACAACAACCAAAUUUACAACCAUUUUCAGCUGAUAAAAAUAUUCCAUUAAAUCCAAUUAAUAAUUUACAAGGAAAUGUAGGAGGUUAUCAAAAUUUAGUACGACAACAGCCACAAAUUAAUUCACCUGGAGUUAUUUGUAAUAAAAAUGACCAAAAUAAUUUACAAACACCUGUAAUUCAACCAUCAAGUUAUACAUCAGUUGAGUUGCCAAAUGUUCAACAAAAUAUCAAAACUUCUUACUAUAAUAAUCAAAAUCAAUUAGAUCUUAAUAGUAAUAAUAAAAAAGAUCAAAAUAUUCAUAAAUGUACAUGUCAUUACGGGAUGACUCUUGAUCAAGUUAUUUAUAUAUCGUAUGGAGAAGAUAAUUGGCAGAAGGUAAAAGAUAAUGAUACACUUUCUUGUUUUAGUUUUCAAAUUCCAUCUAAUUAUUCAAUAAAUCAUAACACAAUGUAA